GUGACGGAGCUGGUUCUUGACAACUGUCGGUCUAGCAAUGGUGAAAUUGAAGGCCUGAAUGACACAUUUAAAGAAUUAGAGUUUCUCAGCAUGGCCAAUGUGGAGUUGACGUCACUGGCCAAGCUCCCCAACUUGACUAAACUUCGAAAGCUGGAACUGAGUGACAACCUAAUUUCAGGGGGCCUGGAGGGCCUGGCAGAGAAGUGUCCCAAUCUCACAUGUUUGAAUCUGAGUGGCAACAAAAUCAAAGAUCUCAGCACUGUGGAAGCCCUGCAAAAUCUUAAGAACUUAAAGAGUCUUGAUUUGGUUAACUGUGAAGUCACAAACCUGGAAGAUUAUAGAGAAAGUGUGUUUGAGCUGCUUCCACAAAUCACAUAUCUAGAUGGAUUUGAUCAAGAUGAUAAUGAGGCCCCUGACUCAGCAGAUGAAGAUGACGAAGAUGGGGACGAGGAUGAGGACGAAGACGAUGAAGACAAAGCUGGCCCCCCAGGAGAAUAUGAAGAGAACGAUGAGGAAGAGGAUGACGGUUCAGACUUGGGGGAGGGUGAGGUUGAAGAGGAGGAGGAGGAAGAGGAAGUGGGCCUUUCAUAUUUGAUGAAAGAAGAGAUUCAGGAUGAAGAAGAUGAUGAUGAUUAUGUUGAGGAGAGAGAAACUGAAGAGGAGGAAGCUGACAGCAUCCGAGGGGAGAAGAGGAAACGUCCAGCAGAGGACGAAGGAGAGGAGGAGGACGACUAAGUUGUAGGAAACAAAAUAGGACCAGAUACACUAUGUUUGUUGCAGGAUAUGCAGUAGUGAUAUGCAGGCUUGUAUGUCUCCAUGUAUCAUAGGUAUCCCUACAGAAAAUAUUAAUGUGUUAACUUUUUAUAGGAAGUGUGUUUUUACUAUUUUGCCCUUUUUAUCAUUCCAACUAAGACAUAAUAGCCCAUUAUCGAUCAUGUGCAUAGAACACUGUUUUUAUCCCUUUAAAUCACUGAACCCGUUCCCCCCUUAGGUGUUUUUUCAGGUUUUUCCUACUGAGUUUUUACAUGCUGUUAGUCCUAGACACAGUUAACUCAGACAGAUUCUACACAUUUUAAUCCAAACUUUUGAGAUCGUAUUCUUUAAAGUCAGAUAUACUGCAAUGUGAUAGAAAGGCCUGUGUCAGACAUGAACUGGGAACUUUGUGAAAGUAAAGAAUGCAGAUACUACUGAAGGGGCUCGUUUUAAAGGGAAGUCUGAAGAAUGCACGGACAAGCUGAGGUCCCACAUUUCCUGCUUGUUCAGAAUUCUCUCUCUCUCUCUCUCUCUCUCUCUCUCUCUCUCUCUCUCUCUCUCAUAUAUAUAUGUAAUGCACACACUUAACCCCCUGGAGGCUUUUCUGCACAUCUUUAAGGAAUACAUAUAAUCAUUUCUCUGUUGGGGUCCUGCUUUGUCCUCAGAUACUUGUGCGUUGGGGGGGGGGGGGCAACCAAAAAAUGAUAUUCUGGAAAUUCCUAAUUAUAAUUUUUUCCAUAAAUUUUAUUAUAUCCAUUGUAUCUCUCCAGGCUAACCAGGAACCAUGUUUCUGGUACAAACAUCAAACUUUACUUCUAGAGGGAAUUUUAGGACCCUGAAAUACUCAGGCUUCCAUUAUUUUGUUAAAGAGGGAAGCUCUUCUUUAUAUUUCAACUUGAUCAGUGCUUGGCAACAGCCUUCGCCAGUAUACUCCUAAGUCUAUAGCAGAGCACAGGGAAGAGGAGCCACGUUGCUUAUCUCUGGAGAGGGGGAAUUGCAGGAAACAGUAGAUUUCUUGCUGUUUCCCUGCACUCCUGAAGCCAUGUGAGGAGCUCUUUCAUCACGUAAAAGACUAUAGAGAAUGGUGGACUCAUUGGCCAUGGAUCAAGUUUGGGCCACAGACAUUAGCGUUUUCCUUAAAAAGUAUUUGUCUCGCUGAAGAAAAGCUGUUGAAGGGACUUACUCAGCAAGAAGUCCUGUUCAGAUGUGGAAAACCUGGAAAAUGUUUUCACAGUAGAACGUCUAAGAAGUCAAGUCCUUUCUGCAGCAGAUGUGAUGGCAAUGAACUGGCCUUCCUAGAGCUCAUAGACUGGGUUUUUUAAAGAAACUAACAGAAAAUUGGGCACACAUAGCGCUCCUUCAGUCCUCUGUCAUGAUGAACUAACUUGUAUUGUUAAAUAGAUAUUUUACCCAAAUAAUACACAGCUGUAUUCAAGAGAGACUAUUUUUUUAUUAUCUAUCCUGCCUAAGAGAAUCUGUCACUAAUUUGAGUAUAGAUAAAAAGGGUUAUUUUUGCAUAGAUGGUGGACUUGGCCCCUUGCUACAUUUGCCUGUGAAUAUAAAUAAUGCAUUACACACAUUGGCACACUUUGUAUGUGUCGUCAGACUCUUAAUUUAGUUUUGAUGGCACUGCAUCCAAGAAGAGCAGCAAAAUUUAGUCUUUUUUUCCCUGAAUUAUCAUUCAUAGAAUGAUAUAGCACAGCUAAUUUUAAAGGUGUUUGGACAGUGUGUAUGGCAACAAAUCAGCAAUUCUGGAUAUAUUAAAUAUCUUAACUAAAAGGACUUGGUAAAGCUUUAUCCCAGUCUUGUUAACCACACCUGUGUAUACUUAAAGAAUUAAAAAAUCUGAAAAUGCACAGUUGUGUUGUCAUGGAAGGUUCUGUAUUCAAACGCAGUUGCUUUGUAUUAAUCCUGAUUUCUCUAAGGUUCCCCCCCCCCAAUAUGUUCUGAUUUAAACUUAAAAAAAUAUAUUCUCAGCAAAUAAUAAAACCUUCCCAUUACAAGAAAAUAAAAAAAGAAUAAAAGUCACUGGCUUAUACUGAUAAAUCAUAUGCGUAACAUGCCCCAGUCCUUUAGUGUGUUCUGAUGCACAUGACAGAGUUGUGCUGGGAUGUUGCCCUCAUUUGUGAUGCUGGAAGUGUGCAGAUUUCCGUGCACAAAGGAAUUUGCCCUCUGAUCCAGUUCCUCUAUUGAAAUUGGCAGGGAAGGAUUGGUGAGCAGAGGAGCAAAAUGUGGAUCUGAACGCCAGCACGAAGAGAAAACGGAUGGGUUUUUUAAUUGAUUGAAGAAUACACUUCAGUUACUACUUUCAGUAAAGUUUGAAUUCGUUCAUUUUAAAGACUGAAAAGUGUAGUGGAGUAAAAUUAAACCGAGCUUACCACAGUGGUUAUACAUGGCACACACCACAGUUUAACAACUUUGUGUAUUAAAAAUAGUAUAAGCAACAGGAUGUAUUGCCAAAGUUUUUGGGUGUCAGCUUAGCAUACAAUCAAAAUAGAGCUUUUCUUCCCCUUUAAACAAACAAAAAAACCACAGAGCCUCUGGAUAACUUUUAAAUAUCUUUUUUGCUUGUAGGGUUCUUUAAUGAAAACAAGUAAGGGUGGGUUUUAUAUUUUGUAGAGAUUUUUUGUCCUAUAUGAAUCCUCUUUGUAUGGCAAUAUGUAUAUAGUGUGUUCAGUUCCUUUCAGAUUCUGGGGAAAAACAAACAAACUUGGAAGUAAUUGAUUUUUGUGCAACUGUGUUUU